CCACAUGGCAAAAUUAAUUUUGCCACAUACCAAAAUACCACUUUUGGUCCUCACUGUCUCUCAGGAGCAGCUGGAUUCAGCCAUGUAAAAUGAGUUAUGUCAUAUUUACUGUUGCCAUUAGAGGGCAGUGUAUCCACCCAAAUUAAUAAAACUACAUGCAAAGACUUAAAAAAACAACCAUUACAACGCCACACUAAUGAAACGAAUACUCGAAGCAGCAACAUUUGAUUCGAGGUUUUUUUCUAAUCGGAUUACUCGAGUUAAUCGAUUAAUCGUUGCGGUAAUACUCGAAACUAACAGAAAGUAGCGGUGGUGUGACGUCAAACAGACCGAGUGCAACAAAGGAAAGCGGACCGCACAUACAGUAUGAUGAAAUACCAGAUAUGCAUAGCAAUAUAGUGAUCAACCAUUUAGAUUUAAUAAAUGACAAAAUUAAAUGACAAAUAAUAUACUCUACUUACCAUUAAUGCUGAUAGAUGGCGGAAAAGAUACGGUUACGCAACUUAAUAAAACGACUGGAGACAAAGCGGCGGCCGAGACUCCGGUAUUUUAAAGUCGAAAUUGCGUCAGUUGGGCACGUCGUAGCUCGGGGGACACUUGUAUUUAGUCAUGGCGGCCAAUCCAUUUGGACUGGGAGGGGCGAAUGGAUCGGAUGUCAACGGCCACCAAAUGAGUUGAAUGUGGCCCUGGACAAAAAUGCCUUUGACACCCCUGCUUGAAGAGUUUUGCAUGUCAUCACCGUGAGAUAACUUCCUUCCAGAUAAGCGUUUUGCAUCCGGGCCAUCCUUUCCUUUUUGGCAUGAAGAAAAGUGUCCCAUCUGGUGUUGACUUGAUGGAAAUGGAUAUUUCUUACCCUGGCUUGCAGAUAGCUAGCGAGGAUGGUUUGCAGUCCUAAUAACCCCAGUCAACUAUAUUAGUUCGAAUAAACGCCUCCUCACCAAAUUUGGCGAGCGAUUGGUUCCCCUCGACUAGAAAAGGGCGUUUAUUCCCGUAUCUGCAAGUCAGGUAAGAAGACCUCGACCAAAAGCCGCCCCGCUCGGAAUUCUGGAAUCAUUCCUUUUCAAGAAAUUUCCACCGAAGACUUCCUGCAGGUCGCUAAUAAAAAAGAAUCAAGUCUUGCGUUUAUUCGAACAAAUAUGGUGAGUGCAUUCACUUCUUCUGGCAUUGUGAUGGCAUGCUUUUCAUAUUUUCCAUCAAUAAUUCAUUCAUUCAAGUUGGAUAUUUGCGGGUUCUGCCGGCUGAGUCUUUGCAUUCUCUCCGCAGGGGCCUUUCUCCACGACCGCCAGAACGCCAAACCAUCCUUCAUCCAGAAAAUCAAGUUCCGCUCCGUCUUGGAGGGCGAGCCGGUCACAUUCGAGUGUCGACUUCUGGCUUUCCCUCCGCCGGCUAUUCUCUGGUUUCAUAACGAUAGGUCGAUAGCCAAAGCGCGCAGGCGUAGGAUCUGCACAGAGAGCAACGCGCACAUACACAUAAGCAGCUUACUCAUCCGCAACGUCAAGGAAAAGGAUUCGGGCAGCUACAAGGUCAUGGCCAUCAAUUCGGAAGGUUCCGCCGAGUCCGCAGCGUCGCUUUUGGUCUCGCCGGGGGUAGAGCCGUCGGGCGACGACCUAGGCAAGAGUGUUGGCGAGCGGAGAACCGUUAGGGUGGCCCUGAGGUUUGUAGGUUCUCCGUUUGAUAAAAAGUCCAAGGUUCGCCUGCGCCGGUCUCGCUCCGAGACCGCUCUCAUGCGUACCGUGGUUUUUCGUUCGAGUUCGUACUCGCGCAAGAACGCGUCGGGUACAGAGUCAAAGCGUCUUGAGACGGCCUCCGAGCGCGCCCCGUCCCCCCCGCCUAUGUUUACGCGGUCCUCUCGCUUUGACGAUAGGAUGAGCGACAUUUACUGCGACCGGCGCACCGGCGCUCGCUUUGGCGAAAUGUUGAGCGACACGGAGAGUCUACACAGCGAGGUUCGAACAAAACUCGGCACCUUGCAAAAAGCCGUCCGGCAAAGGAAGAGGCUCUCGGUCUCCACUGUGUCUUCCUCAGAAUUUGAAUCCGAGUCGGUAGCCAGCGAGUCCAGCUAUGCGGAUUACGUGGAGAGACUCUGGGUCAGGUCCGCUUUUCUGCCGGAUGUUCAGCAUUUUAAGAGAGCCUUUGACUCCGGCGAGGUUCCGACGGUCAACGAGGACAUCUCUCGGCCUCAAGCGAGACACUCGUUUGAGCCUCAGUCCAGAAGCAGGGCCAUUCAGCUAAUGAGAGGUGAGAUUGUUGAUGUAGACAUGCCACAAAGUCAGAUUUGGACAGAAUAUGCCGAUAAACUUGAAUGUAAAACAUCAGGAGAUGGCCAAGUUAAGGAAGAGCGUGAGCUUCACGCCUACAGUGUGGAAUGUCUGACGUCGGAGGUCGACCCUUACCUCCCUGAAGCCACAUUCCACGACGAGCCCCAUCGCCACCCUGAAUCCACAUAUCUUUGUGAAACCCCGUAUCUCAGUGAACCCGCAGACAUCCCAGAACCCCAAUACUCUAAACCGUUAUCAUAUGAGGAAACAGAGUACCAGGAAGCUGCGGUAACUGAACACUUUAAUGAUGAUUUUCCGUUGCCGGAAUCCAAAAGCCUGUCGGUCGGGUCUUUUGGGUACCGCCUCCCACCCGAAGCAUGGGAACGCUCCGCGAAAACAAUACGUAAUGAGGCGUCCUUUAGAAGUCCAUAUCCAAGUCUGGAUAGUAAACAUCUGGAAUAUGAGGAAAACUCUCUAGCUGACCAGAUUAGGAAAUUGCCAACAGAGGGUAGGUUUUUUGAAUCUGAAAUUAGCAUGCCAAAGCCCAGAGAGACUCCAUACGCGGAGGCCAAAGAGCACAUUCAAAGAGAAAUGACUCCCGAUGAGCACACAGGCAUGCUCCAUUUUGACAAAAUUGUCACGACAAAGGUCGGGGCAACUGAUGGUGAAGUUGCAACAUAUGAAUACAAAGUGAGAGCAGAGGAAAUUGAAAACCAGGAAUCGUUCACACAGCCACAGACUUUUCCUGGAGAAGUAAGAACUGUUCUACAGCUUAAAGGGAAAAGAGAGCCUGCCCAUUAUGCUGCAGACUCACAAUGCAAAAUUGAGAUGGAAACUGAGCGCAAACUCCCGGUUUGCAAUUUGCAACAGAGUAUGCAAAUGACACAGGAGGAAAGUUCUCCACCUGAAAGUGGCCCCUCGAAGCCAGAGUACCCACUAUACUCGGAAACAGUUGACCAAGUGACAGUGGUCUCUCCUGGUGAAACCGAAGAAGUUUCCCACUUUCAAAAAUCGAAAGGAAGGAAGUUCAAGGAAACGGACAGUAAUGUUACAACCGUUUUGACACCUGAAGUAUUGGAAAUAGAUGUUGGAACGGAGGAAAUGGAAGACGACGAACUGAUGGUGAAGACACGGGUGUCGGCCCAAAGUAAAGCGCAAACGGAGGAAGCCCUGCAAAUGAAAUACAGAACAGAGGCACCAAAAAGAGUUGAGCCGGCUACAUACAAAUGGCGUAGUGUGUCCUUGAGGGAGGAGAAUGACAGGAGCCAAGAGGCUGAGCACAUCGACUCCCCAGAAAAACAACCGGCCUUACAAAUCAGGACGCGGCAGCAAGUUAAUACAAGGGAAGAAAGAUCUUAUCAGGAAGCUGGCCUGCCGAUGCCAGGAGCAGCACCAUAUUUGAUGCCAGAGGAUAACAUAUUUGAAUCUGAAACUUUCCCGCCUAAACCCAGAGUGACACCAUACACAGAGGCCCGAGACCAGCAUAAAGUAAGCCAAGUAAUUCCUCAAGAGACCAAGUCCUAUUUCUACAAAUAUUCUGGGAUAAGAGAGGAUAAGGCGACCAAGACCGACGCAGGUACAGUUCCGACACAUAAAUGGCCCGAUGUUGAAGAAAGAAUGAAAAAUGACGGACUGUUCAUUCGGCCACAGACCUCAGCCCGAGUCAUAGCGAAAACAGAACCAAAGACGGUUGAGUCUGCUGAGAACAAAUUCUCAAGAGAGUACUUGAGGGAACGGGAUGAGCAAAUCCCGGAGACUGAGCGUGUUGAGAGUGAGGAAAACUCCCAGUCCCAACAAAUCAGUACGUGGCAGCAGAUGACACAAGAGGAAAUAUUUCCACCAGAAACUGGCACACUCAUGCCAGAUGAAACACCGUACAUGGAGCCAGAAGAGUACAUUUCCAAUCGGCAAGAAGGGAGAGAAGUGAUGUCCGCACGUUUCCUCAAAUCUAGAAUGACUGUCGAAGAAACUGCCAUUGAAGCUACGACAGUUUCAACAAAUAAAUUCCCAGAAGUCAAAGUAGAGGAAAUGGAAGAGAAGGUCUUUCUGGCGCGACCCCAAAUCAAAGUACAAACUGAGAUAUGUCCUAAAACAAAAGGUAAUGAAGAGGCGGUAACAAGACUCGAGCCGGGUGAGAACAAAGUGUCCGGAGAGUCUCUGAGGGAGCACUAUGAGAAAAGCUUGGAAGCUGAACGUGUUGAGUGUGAGGAAAAACUCCUGGCCUUACGAAUCAGAAAGUGGCAGCAAGGUACGCAGACAUUCCAACUCGUAUCUGGCUCGCUCGUUCCAAAAGAAACGCCAUGCAUGGAGCCGCAAGAGCACAUUGACGACCAGCAAAAUGCGAGACGACUAACUCCGGAAGAGCCAAAAGCCAGAUCCCCAUGUUUCCACCAAUCUCCCAAAGUGAAGGUGAAGGAAAUCCAUGUUGAAGCUGCAACAGUUUCAACGUAUAAACUUCCUGAAGUCAAGAAAGAAGGAUUAGAAGACCAAGCUCAGCUCGCGCUACCACCCAGAGUCAACGUACAAAUGGAGGCUGGUCCAGAAAUCAAAAGCAGAGGAGAGGCACCACAGACAGUUGAACCAGUUGGCAAAAAAUGUCCCAGAGAUUCCUUGAGCGACCAGUACGAGAGGAGUCUAGAGGCUGACCGCAUUGAAUGUGAGGAAAAACUCCUGGCCCUCCGAAUCAAGAAGUGGCAGCAAGGUAUACAGAUGAGCCAGGACGAGACAUCACAAUCUGAAACAUUCAUGCCAGAAGAAACACCAUACAUGGAGCCAGAAGAGCACAUUCACAAUGUGAAAGAGCUACCUUCCGAAAAGCCAAAAGCCAGGUCCCCUUGUUUCCACCAAUCUCCCAAAAUGAAGCCUGAGGAAACCAAUAUCGAAACUGCAACACUGGCCAGGAAUAAAUUACCUGAAAUUGGAGCAGAAGGAAUGGAAGGCAAGCCUCUGCUCCCGCAGCCUCACUUCAAAGUACAACCUGAGGUACAACCUAAAGCUAAAGGAAGAGUGGAAGCACCAAAAAUGGUUGAGCCAGUUGAGGACAAUCGGUCUGGUGACUUCUUAAGGGAACAAUAUGAGAAAAACCUGCAAGCAGAGCAGAGUGAGUGUCAGAGAAUGCUCUUGGCCCCACAAAUCCAGAAAUGGCAUCAAGAUAUUACGCAGGAGGAAGAUUUUCAACAUGAAACUAGCCUGGCAAACCCAGAAGAAACACCCUACAUGGAAUCUGAAAGGCCAGUUUAUCCUGGGAUAAAGAGGGAAUUUGAUAGAGCAAAACAAAGUCAAGUUGGGACGGCGAUAACACAAAUGUCCCCCGAAGCAGAAGCCCAGAUGGAGAAGGGUGGAACUCUUCCCCCGGUGCCAAAAGCUAGAGGGAAAAGGCAGACGGGGGGACUGGAAACUCCUCCUGUACCGCAGGGACAAAAAUCCCCCCGAAAGAAAUUGAAAUCCACGACUAAAUCAGGAGAUGAAAAAUUUUUGUUUGAGAAAACAAGUGAGGAGCAAGAACUUCAGCUCUCAAUGGAAAAUAUCUCCGAGCUUAAGAAGUGUGAGCAGUUCAUAAGUGAAGAGGAAGCCCUCGCUCAGCGCAUCAUGAAAUGGCAAAGAGAUGUUCUGAUGGAACAGGAAGAGGCCCAUAAGCCAGAAUCUGACUAUCCCAAUUUACAGGCAGAAGAUAGCAGAGAGUUCCAAAGAAGCCAGACUAGGACAACUGUCCCAGAACCUCAUUUGCCACAAGAAGUGAACAGUGGCAAGGAGAAAUUUGGAAGCAUGGCCAAAGAGGUCUUCAUGAGCAAAUCGGGUCCUGAUCAGGAGGAAGAGCAUCUGGAGUGGUUGCCAGAUGCCAAGCUGCCAACUGAGGAUCUUGAAUCAGGACUGCAAAGAGAUACUGAAUACUUAGUCCAUCGGGAGAGGGAGGAAGCUCCGGUGCAGCAUCACUUUAAAUAUCAAGCUGAUGUGGUUGCACCAGAAGGAGUGGCUGUCCUAGAGUCCGCAUGGGCGUUUGGUCCAUCUACUGAAUCCUUCCCAAUUGACCUCUCUCCCCCACCUAUGAAGGCUGAAAGGACACCAUCCACUAUUAAUGAUGAAAGUACUCAGGAAGAGCACGUGACUGUGCAGGGAGUCGAAGCACACAUGAAGCCAUCUCCACCUUUAGAUCCUGGUUUACCUCUGAUGGCCACAACGGAGGAUGCAGCUGCUGAUGUUUUGCCAUUUGAGAGGUAUUCCUCCUCGCAAUCUACCGUCAUUCCUCCGGGAAGUUACGGACUUACCUCCCGAUUGGGUGGUUCUCAUCAGGAGUCAUCAGUCAGGAGACAGUCGCCCUUACAUGGUACUCAGAGAAGAGAGUUGGAACAGACGCUGAGUAAGGAGGACUGUGGUCCAUCUGUACCCAGCAGGCAGCAUAUCCAAGAAGCACUGAAAGAGGAGAAGAGAAUGGGAACGGCCGUGGAGGGCAGCAAAAGUAAACCGCAGGCAGAUCUGGGGGGUUUAGAGGAGAUUCACAAGGACUCGCCGACGAUCAGAGAUGAAAACUGCCAUGACACGUCUGAAUUUAAAACUAAGAUGCAGAUGCCAAGUCAAGAUCAGACCAUUUCUGAACUCGGGGCUUACCCAAGUCAAGCAUCAGUGCCGCUUCAGGAACCGAUCGGUGAUGCUUGCCCAAUAUUUAUGAAAGAAUUAUCCUCAGAAGUUAGACACGGUGAGGUUUCAGUCACAGAUGAAAACCGCCAUGACACAUCUGAGCAUGAAACUGUAGGAAAGAUGGAGAUGACAAGUCAAGAACAGAUCAGUUCUGAAGUCGGGACUUAUUCAAGUCAAGCAUCCAUGCCGCUCAAGGAACCGAAUGGUGACACUUGCCCAAUAUUUAUGAAAGAAAUUUCCUCGCGAGUCAGACACAGUGAGGUGUCAGUCAAAGAUGAAAACCGUCAUGACAAAUCUGAACAUGGAACCAUAGCAAAAACGGAAUUGCAAAGCCAAGAUCAGAUCAUUUCUGAAGUCGGUACUUACCCAAGUCAGGUAUCCGUGCCGCUUAAGGAACCGAAUAGGGACACUCGCCCGAUACUUAUGGAAGAAAUAUCCCCAGAAGUCGGACACGGUGAAGUGUCAGUCCAAGAUGAAAACCGUCAUGACAUGCCUGAACAUAAAACUAUAGCAAAAACGGAGUUGCAAAGCCAAGAUCAGAUCAUUUCUGAAGUCGGGACUUACCCAAGUCAGGUAUCCGUGCCGCUUAAGGAACCGAAUAGGGACACUCGCCCGGUACUUAUGGAAGAAAUAUCCCCAGAAGUCGGACACGGUGAAGUGCCAGUCCAAGAUGAAAACCGUCAUGACAUGCCUGAACAUAAAACUAUAGCAAAAACGGAGUUGCAAAGCCAAGAUCAGAUCAUUUCUGAAGUCGGGACUUACCCAAGUCAGGCAUCCGUGCCACUCAAGGAACCAAAUGGUGACACUUGCCCUAUAUUUAUGAAAGAAAUAUCCUCACAGGUCAGACACGGUGAUAUGUCAAUCAAAGAUGAAACACAUCAUGACACUUCUGAACAUGGAACUGUGGCAAAAAUGGAAAUGCCAAGUCAAGAGCAGAUCAUUUCUGAUGUCAGUACUCACCCAAGUCAGUCUUCUGUGGCGCUUAAGGGAGCUAUUGCAGACAGCUGUCCGAUAUUCCUGAAAGAAAUAUCCUCCCUUCAAGUCGGUCAUGGUGAGAUGUCAGAGAUGAGUUGCCAGUUCCGAGGUGAUCCCCAGCCAAAAGUCACGUGGCUCAAGGACGGACACCAGCUGGCCAACAACCCUGACUACGACAUCGCGGUCAAGUCCAACAAGUCGACGCUGACCCUUUUCUAUCCGACCACGGAACACGAAGGGACAUACGACUGCAUUAUAAGCAAUAAACAUGGAAAAUGCAUCUGCAGUGCCACUUUAAAGCUCACAAACAAUAAGCGGGUCCCGCAGAAGGUGGAAGUUGCUGAUGAGUUUGAAAGGAAAGAAGAGAGUCAAAGGAGUCAGGGAAAGUCCAUUAUUGAAACAUUACAAGGCCCUCAACCAGUCAGCCAGCAAAACCUUGAUUUGAAUGUGUCUCGUUUGCCUCCUGUGGAAAUCCGAGUGGACGCUCCCACUCCAGACCUCACGACAACGGAGGAAUGCGCUGAAGAUCAACCUCAGGAAAGUGAGCCGGUGGCCUCAGAUGAAAGAGUCAGUCGGACUGGCAAGCACAAAUUUACUUUCGCCUUUGAUGUACCUGCCGAAAGACCUAGUGUGGUCAAACAGUUGGAGAGCCUCAGCUGUCCAGAAGGUCAGACCGCCGUCUUGGCGUGUGUCCUCAGGGCUGAACCUUCCCCGGUGGUCACGUGGUUUUGCCACGAUGUUCCUCUCGAAACUACGGGGUCAAAAUACAGGGCAGAUGGAGACGGUCAGGUCCACAAGCUUUAUAUUAGCUCUUUCAGUCGGACUGACGCCGGCAUUUACAAAUGUGUUGCAAGAAAUAAGAUUGGGGAGGUCUCCAGCACCUGUGACGUGUUCUGUCGAGAGGUAGAUCUUGUUGAUGUCACUGAAGAAAAAGUUCUCGUGGAGAAAAACAAGAAGGACUCUCUACCUCAUGUGCCACCAAGAUCGCGCGGGAGCGUGCACAGAGAACCUCCUCCUAUAUCUGGAUGCGGUCUUCAACAGUCAGCUGCUGUGAUAAACGUGAGGCAGAUUAAACAAGCCUUUGAGUCAGACUCGGCGACGGCUCCUACUUCACCUCAGAAGCAACAAGAGGAUACAGUAUUCAUACCGACAGCAGCUAGUCCUUGUCAUGAGUUGCAGGAGCGCACAGGCACAUCUAAACACGGCGCCGCCCAUACCGAUGCUUCCACGGCAACUAACCUGCCACACCUUACCCUGACAGCUCAUCCAGAAAGCCCGGAGCCUGCUGCUUCAGUUGAAAAAGUCCCUGAAACCAGUGAGAUGGACACAAACAUCGAAGAAGCUUUCCAACAAGUUGUAGAGGGUGUGCAGGAGUCUCAAGAAUUCACCGAGCCGACACUCAACAAACCAUCUGACAUGGAACAACCAAUGCAAGAGCAAGAAGAGGAGAAAAAGGUGCGCAUUUUUGACAAAACCAGUAGCUUCAUUCCUUUCCAGUCUGAUGUUUCCACAGUAAGAGGUUCAGUCAAGACCUCAGUUCCAAGCAGCCAUGCAGAGAAACCUCAAAGAUUAUCUGAAGCGCUAAAGUCUGACAAACAAAAGGAACCCGCCACGUUUGAAGGUGUUGUGGAGGUGCAGAGUCAUGCUGUUGAGGAAAGGUCCGUUGAUGUGGUUAGGAAAGUGAAACAAGAAGUUCAGGAAUGUAACAGCGGGUUGAUUGAGUUGGAGAGUGUUUCUCUGCCGGAACCAUCAUUGGAUAGUGGCGUAUUUUUCAGUGACUCUGCUUCCUGGGUCAACACGAUACCGGCAGAGCACUUAGUUGCCAGUGAUGUUGCCGGGACGGAGAAAACGGACGAGAGGUGCGAUCACGCUGAAAAUCAGGAACCUUUCGCUGUUCAAGUGGAUGUCAGCAGUCAUGAACGUGUCGCUGCGGACAGCUCGGACUCUAGAGUUUCCGAAGCUGGAGAAGAAUCUGCCAAAGUCGGCUUCACCGAGGAAGAGGAGGUGACUUUUGAUGCUGUGUACGAAUACUACAACCCUCCCACGGACUGGUGUCGGCCGCUUUCCCCUGAGUCUGACAUGUCGAUUGAGAUCGGCAGCACAGUUAGUGAGGAAGUUGCUGAGAGGUUCUACACCCCGACUUCACCUACAGAGCAAACCUUCCACUCACCCAAGUCUCCCAAUUCCUUCCAUACUCCAUUAUCUCCAAAUUCUUUCCAUACCCCUGAUUCUUUUAGUUCCUUCAACAACCCAGAUUCUCCCACUUCCUUCCAUUCUCCUACCUCUGAUAUCACAGGUGGUUUUAAGACCCCUGAAGAGUAUCCAUCCUCCCUCGCACCAAGGAGAUCCUCGUCGUACUCUAGCGAAAGGUUUUUCUCACCCGACCAGUUUCUAACGUUUCCUGCCGACGAGGGCUCAGAAAGAGAUUUAGACGAGCAGCGGUUCCUGUUGAAAAGCAAAGGCUCGCUCGGUCCUCCCUCCCAUCAAGACAAGGUGCAGGGAAUUCCGCCUGCCUUCCUCAAACCUCUCACAAAGAAAAGGAUUUUUGAAAACGACACCCUGUUCUUUCUGGCCGAGGUCUUUGGCCUCCCUUCGCCCGAGGUGAAAUGGUUUCGCAACAAAACCCUGCUGGUGCCCGAUGAGCGAACCGUUUUUGAGCGAGAUGGAGACGGCGUCUCCCUCACGAUCCGCUGCGUCAGUAAAGCCGACCAGGGAGAGUACAUCUGCCAGGCAGCAAAUGACGCGGGCGAGGCCCGAAGCGUGGCUUUAGUGGUGGUGGUGUCACAGGAGGCCAGGUUCACGCCCGCCCCGCCCGCCGUCACCCAUCAGCACGUGAUGGAGUUUGACAUAGAGAAAGACGACUCUUCACGCUCACCUUCGCCCCAAGAGAUCCUGAUGGAAGUAGAACUGGAUGAGAAUGAGGUCAAAGAGUUCGAGAAACAGGUGAAGAUCAUCACCAUUCCCGAAUACACAGCCGACAGCAAGAGCAUGAUCAUAUCUCUGGAUGUUAUUCCAAGUAUUUAUGAGGAGGGCGCCGUGGACUUUGUGACUCAGGAACACGAAAAUCUGAAAAUAGCUUUCGAGGUGACCGAGAUGCCUCCCAGGUUUAUCAAUCCCAUUUGUGAUGUGGAAACCUCUGCGGGUUCCGCCGUCACCUUUGAGUGCUCGCUCAUGGGAAUACCGUCUCCUGUGGUGUCCUGGUUCAAAGAGGGCAAAAGUAUUCCUCACAACGACGCGCGCUACCUGCAGUCGUCUGAUGGUGACAACCAUUUCCUGAAGAUCUGUAAUGUCACGGCGCGGGAUGGCGGCGUGUAUGCCUGUAGCGCUGUCAAUGUCGUCGGUGAAACACUGUGUCGAGCCUCGCUGGCAGUACUCGGUCCGAAGGACUUUUCUGUCCGGACCCAAGGUAGGGAGCUGACGGCCGUCUCUCUCGGCAGCGCCAAAGUCAAGCCGCAGGAGUUCGACCUGCUGGUCGGCGACUCCGCGGCGAAUGGCGCAGAGCUGUCAGAGAUAGAGCUGGAAUUUGAGUUCCAGCCGGAGGCUGACGAGUCUCAGCGGGCCGUCCGGCUGGUAGCCAACACUGACGGCGGCUCUGGCCCGGACCGCUACAUGAGCGUCAACCUAGACGUCUUUGCCGAGUCCUCCAAAGAGGACAGGGUGGAGUUCAAAGGGAAGUCCUCUGAACUGUGCGGCUUCCGCUUCCAGGUGACGGAGAUGGCCCCGAGGUUGGUAAUCCCCUUGACGGACGUGACCGCUGCCGUCGGCACGCCGGUCGUCCUGCAGUGUCUGGUUAGCGGGAAGCCAAAGCCGGUGGCCGAGUGGUACAAAGAUGGCGAGCGGGUUACAGAUGGCGGAUACAUCGUUCAAGAGAAAACUGCCGGACACUUUAACCUUCUAAUUACCAAUGUCAGCCACCACGACGCCGGCGAGUACCGAUGCUUGAUCCAGAACACGGCUGGAUGGAUCCAGACCUCGGCACAGCUGAAGGUCUAUUAGAGGAAUGUGUCUGCGGAGAUUCCAAGUUGCGUUGCGCCCAUACGCCACGAAAAUGACAUCAUUAGAGAACUAAUAAGUAACGUGCCGCUGCUGCGCAAUAUCUACUUUUCGAGAUCUAGUUUCCUACCGCUGACUGCCCCACCCAAGAUGGCCACCAGCUAGUCACCCCACCGUUAAAAAAAACGAGCCCUUUCUAAGAUGAUGAUAGAUGUUGAAUCGCCUGGCGGAAAUCAUCCUUCUUAAAUGAGUUUAUCACUAGUAUACAUCCAAUCCAUUUGAAGGUCGCGAAUGAUUCGCCGCUAAUCCUCCCGCUUCAAAUAGAUUGGACAUCUAGCGCCAUCAAAGGUGGACACCGAGUAAAUAGCCGAUGCUUUGACAUUGACAAAACAAUCUUGGUUGAGGAAUAUUGUAAUCUAGUUAUUAUUUCAGUUGCCAUUGCCAACCAUUUUGUGAUGGCGCUUAUGAUGCAAUCCACCGCCACCUACCCGGACCGGGACUAAAACGCACGGCGCCGCUGUGGUAGGUAAACAAACUAGUCGCUAAGAUCAAAGCAUAGCCUAGCAGCUUCAGCCACCAGCGCCUUCUUUCCAAGAUUUUGGCAUGACUGGCACUCGCUUGCACCCGUCGCACAAAAAAAACCUUUUUAUUUCUUGAGCUUUACGUUGUUAAUCUAUGUCACAUUCAUUCUCUUAGCUACUUGAUUGUGUGUUUGCGCUAAAACCAGAAUAAUCUGCAUUGAAAACAGGACAGCAUGUGGACUGGAAGUGGCGUAUUUGUCUUCAGUCUUGGAUAUUCAGUGUAAUGUCUUACCGAAACGCAAAUACUACAUGUUUAAAUAUAGCAUUGAUUAUUACUGUAUGUUGUAGUUCUAAAAGAGUAUUUCCAGGUGCUUGUUGACUGGUAGAUGUAAGCUAUAGUAGAUGAUUUUGUUUUUUGGCUCCAGUGCAUCUGCUUUUUAACGACCGUUUGACUCUGAAAGGAAAUUGUUGUAAAUAUGACCUCUGCGGUAUUGAGAGAGCAACAGAGACCUUUGAUUUGUAUAAAUAUAGCUUUUGUCUUUGAGUUUAUACAAUAAACUACUAAAAUGAACACUUUGAGUUUUUCUUCAUGACCUUUUGAUGUUCUGAACUCAAAAGUAAAAAAAAAAAAGCCAAUUGUUGGAGGCCAUAUUAAGACCAGUAUAGACAUCAACUCUAUCAGUGCCAACUGUUUCUGACUUAUAACAAGUAUCGCUACAACAUUUUAUGGUAUUCAGGAUCCAAAAUGAUUUUCAUAUGCUGAGUGCAAACAAUGUUAGGAUAUGAAAUUCUUACAUUGCUAGUAGAGUUGUCCGAUAUUACCGGUUAGCGGAUAAUAAUGGCCGAUACAAGCAUUUAUACAUUGGAUAAUAUCGGUAUCGAUUUAUCGGGUUUGGGCCAAUAUGCAUAUUGCCUUCAAAGUAAAUGUAGAAGAUGUCUGCCUUUGUACAGGGGCUGGUCACAGUUUAGCAAAGCAGUUAUGCUAGAUGUCUUCAAACUAUGGCAUUUUGGAUUUGUUAUGGGAGCAGACAAAACCUUGAAAUUGUUGCAUCUAUCAUUAUUAAAGCAUCCAGUAGGGCAUCACAAUUAGCAAUCACACGUUAAGUGCACAACCGCAUAUAUUGGAAUCUGUUUUAUAUUCGUAUCGGAUUUUCGGAGCUGGACAAUAUCGGGAUAUCAGUUAUUGGUUAAAAAAGUCGUUAUCGGACAACUCUACUUGCUAGUCUUCCAAAUGUGCAAAGUAUGUCAAAGCAAAAAAAAAAAGAAGCACUCUAACAGAGAGCAAACCUCUGCUUAAGCAGCAGAUUGUAAAAUUCAUUUUCCUAGACCUGAUUACUCGUAAAUUAAUCACCUAUUCAUAUUCAUAUUACAAAUGUAUCCUCCAAGUUUGAUAAUAUCUCUAGACAGAAAAAGGAUUAUGUUGAAUACAAACAUACAAACCCCUGUGACCUAUGACCUCAAUAGCCCAAACUUAUACACCGCUUCCGUUUCAUAUUGCAAACAUAUCCUGAAAUAUAAUAACCCCAUUAUACGUUCUCGAAUUAUUGAAACGUUCCUUUUCUGGUCUCUGUGACCUUUGACCUCAUGACUUCAAAACUAAGCCACCUCUUCAGUUUCAUAUUAAAACCUUAAAUUAUGUAUUUUGUUGAGUGGC